AGACUUUAGGCUGAGGCGCGCAGUAUAUGCUCUGCAAGAUUGACCCUUGACGGAACAUGCACCGACAAACAACAUGGAUGUUGUUAAAGCGGCAACAAUGAGGAGAAACACAUUUUUCUGUGCGAGAAUUGUUAUUGCUAUAGGUUUCCCCUUUAUCCACUACAGUCAUCAAGGCUCGUUGGCCUACAUCGGCUCGGACAAGGCGAUUGCCGACUUGCCUAUUUUUGGGCGUGAGUGGACGAGUGGAGGUGUUGCGACGUUCAUGUUCUGGCGGAGUGCAUAUCUGAGCAUUCUGUUCUCCCUGCAAAAUCGAAGCCUGGUUGCUGGAGACUGGAUGAGGGUGAAGUUAUGGGGACGUGACGUGAGCCGGGAAUGAAGAAUGAGCAUCAACGUUUACGACUAGCAAACUCGACAGGAUGGACCAUUCACAUCGCAUUUCUACACAUAGACUACACUAUAUAGAGGCACAUUUCUUUCCCCCACUUAUUGUUUAUGGCACAUAAUCACGUCUGCAAUUUCACUCAUCCCUCCUGUUUGAGUGCGCUUUCCGUUCCUUUCCGUUCCUUUUUUGUUGACAUCAUCUCCCGUGUCCUGCACAGUCUUCGUUGUGUUGUUCUUGUUGUGGAUGGGUGUUGGGAAGAGCUAUAUAGACGCUGCUAGGUGUAUGCAUUGAUCGACUCUGGAGGUAGUUUCUUGAUAUGAAAUAUCAUCUAACUCGGGCAGCGAAUCAGACGAAGACACUCCUCGCAUUGCGAGCUCCCAUCAUCCUGGAGGGCACAUGUGAAGCCAGAAC